CCACUGCAAAUAAAUAGAAGUGGAUUUUAGUUCUUUAUAUCAACUACUGAAAUAUUGAGCGAUUGAAGAAGAAGAAGAUGGCUUCCAUAACAAUCCCUCCUGUUCUAACUUCACCGCGAGAUGAUGCUAUUCAACUGCACCGCGCUUUUAAAGGAUUUGGCUGUGAUGUUAAGGCUGUUAUAAAUAUCCUUGCCCAUCGAGAUUCAACACAACGAUCUUAUAUACGUCAUGAAUUCAAAAUCAUGUAUUCCGAAGGACUAGACAAACGCUUGGCUAGCGAGCUUUCUGGUGAUGUUGAGAAAGCAGUGCUAUUGUGGAUGGACGAUCCAGCUACACGUGAUGCUACCAUACUGAGGAAGGCUUUCCAUGGAGAUGUGGUUAAUGUGAAAACUGCAACUGAAGUGAUAUGUUCACGAACUCCAUCCCAGUUAGUACAAAUCAAACAGUUGUAUCAUUCGAUUGCCAAAACUUACCUUGAGCAUGACAUUGAGUAUAGACUUGACGGCGAUCAUCAAAAGUUGUUGCUCAAAUAUCUUGGCACACAACGCUAUGAAGGACCAGAAACCGAUAGAAAUAUGGUAGAACAUGAUGCUAAAGCCCUCUAUAAAGCUGGGGAGAAAAAGUUAGGAACCGAUGAGAUGACUUUCAUAAAGGUUUUCAGUGAAAGAAGUCGCGCUCACUUAGCCGCGGUUGAAACUGCAUAUAAAAGCAUGUAUGGUAGCUCACUCCAAAAGGUGGUGAAGAAGGAAACAUCUGGUAACUUUGAAUUUGGACUUCUAACAAUCUUGAGGUGUGCUCACAACCCAGGGACAUACUUUGCUAAGCAACUGCACAAGGCAAUGAAGGGAAUGGGAACAAAUGACUCGGACCUGAUUAGGCUAAUCGUUACAAGGGCAGAGAUUGAUAUGCAAUACAUAAAGGGAGAGUAUCAGAAGAAAUAUGGUAAAUCUUUGAAGGACGUUGUUCGUUCUGAGACAUCGGGCAAUUACAAAGAUUUCCUUCUUGCUCUUCUCGGUCACUAGGCAUAUAUGAUAUAUGCAGCCAUUCCUUCUUCAUAGUAUGUAUUUGAAGCUUUGAAUCAAAGAUGGAUUAUGUGUGCCAAACUCUUAGUUCUAUCUAUUUUUGCAGGAUUGUGUAUUUAUGAUAUGUUUGUUUAUGUUGUAAUGUUUUUGUGCCUAUUUGCUAAUAAAAUGCAUGUAUUAUGUCUGUUUUUUUCGGUUUUUGUUGUAAAAGGAAGAACAUUCUGGGUAGUUUACCUCGAAUAUCUUAAUAUUACAUUUUGAUACUUCUU